AUGGGGAACUCUAUUUUGGGAAGCAGUGACUCUGAAAAAGAUUUGGGUGCUGUGGUGGAUAAUCUGCUGAACAUGAGCUCCCAGUGUGAUGAUAUGGUUGUUGCGCUGUACUUUGCCAGGAGCGCUGAAUUGGCAGGUGUUCGCUCUGAGAUUAUUUCUGUACCGCAACAAUUAACCUCUCUACAGCUGUGGGAAGAAAUUGUGAAAAGGCAUCCAAGACUUGCUGCCAUUCAGGAUCAAGUAGUUUUCGCUGUUCGCCAGGAAUACGUGAUUCUUGGUGAUCAGCUUCUGGUCCUGCAGUCAGGUGAUGAGGUUGCCAUUAUCCCACCUAUCAGCGGGGGCUAACGCCAGGCAAACACACUUGGGUAUGUAUAGUUUCUUCUUGUAAAUGGCCUCUGUGGGUU